AUGAUCAAUGUUGAGAUUGAUCAUUGUUACCUUUUUGGCAUGCUGGCGCAGUGGGUGCAGACCUGUGUCCUGACAGAAGAUGCUGAAAUUGCUCUUCAGCAUGGUAAUCCCUUGCAACUGUCGAUGCCGAAUUUGAACGCCACAGUUUUCCAACGCACAGGCGGUGGGCCUGGUAAGCCUAAUUGCCUCAAUACGCUUGUCCACCUACGGGCGAUUACGAUCUGGCGAAGUCUGAGUGUGGGCGGACUCAUCAGGUGA